CGAGGGGCUACAAGUAGUAAAAAAAAAAAAAAAAAAGUCUUAUCUGAGACAAUAAUAGCUAUUACCAGCCAGAUUGAAUGGAUAUUGGAGAUUAAAUCUUAUUAUCUCCGGCUGCACUAAUCAACCAGAAGUCACCAUGGAAAAAGUCCGUAGCAACAUGACCGAGUUUUGGAAAGAGCACUCCAAGGCCGCCACCGUGGAGGAGAUGAUGCUGGAUAGUCGAGCCAAAGAGCUGACUGAGCACGAGCUGCCCGAGAUCCUCGCCAUGCUGCCUCCCCUGGAGGGACGCAGAGUGCUGGAGCUGGGAGCUGGGAUCGGCCGCUACACCAGCCACCUGCUGACCAAGGCGGCCCACGUGACGGCGGUGGACUUCAUGCAAAGCUUUGUGGACAAGAACAGACAGAACAAUGGUCACCAUAGCAACGUGACCUUCAUGCAAGCUGACGUCACCAAGCUGGACAUCCCCAAGCACAGCGUUGAUUUGAUCUUCUCCAACUGGCUGCUUAUGUAUCUGAGUGAGGAAGAGCUGAAGUCCUUCAUGGAGAAAACAUUGGACUGGCUGCAGCCUGGUGGCUUUCUCUUCUUCAGAGAGUCCUGCAACCAUCGCUCAGGUGACUGCAAGAGAGAUUUCAACCCCACCUGCUACCGCAGUGAGGCAGAGUACACUCACCAGGCCACCUCAGUACAGGUGGAAGCACCAGAGGGGGGCCAAAACUUUGGUUUCGACAUUGUCUUCAAGAAAAGAGUUCAGACCUAUGUUGAGAUGAAAAACAAUCCGAACCAGAUGUGCUGGUUGCUGCAGAAGGUGCCCCGCUCCUCAAACAGCCAGAGCGGUUUCAGCACAUUCCAGCAGUUCCUAGACAACCAGCAAUACACCAGACGAGGCAUCCUGCGCUAUGAAAAGAUGUUCGGGGCUGGCUAUGUCAGCACAGGAGGACCGAGCACCACCAAGGAGUUUGUGGACCUACUGAACCUGAAGACUGGACAGAAGGUUCUGGAUGUUGGUUGUGGCAUUGGUGGAGGAGACUUCUACAUGGCAAAGAUGUUUGGGGUGGAAGUGCUCGGUUUGGAUCUGUCAGACAACAUGAUUGACAUUGCAGUAGAGAGGGCAAGAACGGAGAAGCUGCCAUCAGUGCAGUUUGAGGUGGCAGAUGCCACCAAGAGGACAUUUCCAGAAGGGUCAUUUGAUGUGAUCUACAGCAGAGACACAAUUUUGCACAUAGAUGAUAAACUGGCACUUUUCAAGCGCUUCCAUUCCUGGUUAAAGCCGGGCGGUCAGCUGCUACUCAGUGACUACUGCUGCGGGGAGAAGCCAUGGACUCCAGUGUUUGAGGCCUACGUCAAACAGAGAGGUUACAUCCUCUACACACCAUCAGAGUAUGGCAAGUUCAUUGAGGAAGCUGGUUUCUGCAGCGUUCGAGUAGAGGACCGAACAGCCCAGUUCAUCCAAGUGAUCCAGACUGAGCUGCAGAAAGCAGAGGCCAUCAAAGAAGAAUUUAUUCAGGAAUUUUCUGAGGAGGACUAUUUUGCAAUAGUUAACGGAUGGAGGGAAAAGCUGGGACGCUCUAAAAGCGGAGACCAGCGAUGGGGACUCUUUCAUGCAACAAGAACCUGAGGGAUUUCUCAAAAAAAAGUGAAGGAGAUAGUAAAAGGAGAGAAAUAAAAGCUGUUGUUUU